UGCUCAGUUUUUAAUCCUCCAUCUGUAAGACAUGGACGCUUUCUUGUUUUUCACGGUUCCUUUCCUUUCUACAUUGGGAUUUUCAUUAACAGAUACAGUCCAUAAAACCAUCUCAGCUGUUCCUGGACAGAUCGUCUCUCUGCCAUGCCGACUCCCCAACAACAAACCUGCUGUGGUUGUGCAGUGGACCCGACCGGACCUGGAACCAGAAUAUGUCCUCCUGUUCAGAGACGAGCAGCCGGACCCAGAGAACCAGCAUCCAUCUUUUAGGAAGCGGGUGGAGCUGCAGGACAGACGGAUGGAGGACGGAGACGUGUCUUUGCUUCUGAGCAACGUGACGACCAACGACACGGGAACAUACGAGAGACGGGUUUUCCAGAGAGAAGCAACCGGCAGGAAGAGACGCACUUUGACCUCUGACCCCAUCGGGACCGUCUUCCUGGACGUGGCGCCUCCUACUGAAAACAAGGAGGGAAGAAAAGAAGAUGGAAGCAGAAACAAACAUGUUGGACUGAUUGUUGGAGCCGUUCUGAUGGUUUCACUGGUUACUGGGUUGGUUGUCAGAAAAAAAGUUGUGGAUCUAAAGCAGAAGGAAGAGGAAGCAGAUCCAGAACCAGUUCAGCUCCAGUUGACCUGAGAUUAGUUUCUGCAGCAGCUGCAGGUCAAACAG